AUGUAUCGCGCAACUGGUUCUGACAAGGUUCUGACAGGUAAACCCAUCGAUCUUCUAACCGUGGUACAGGCAAGAGCACGUUUCAAAGGUUUACUUUCACGUCCUCAAGAAUCACAUCGUGUCACUGAGGAUAAGAAUAGCUUUAUACAGCAGAGGUUUAGAUAUAAAGAAUGCGUAAGAUUCGUGCCAGAUCCGAAUAAACCUAGAAGACCUGAUGGGGGUGUCACGUGCCAUUGUGGGGAAAUCGAGUCCAAGCACUUUAUCAGUGAGGAAUUGACUGGGAGAAACGGUGAAAUAUGGUCAGAAUCAGAAGAUAUAAAAAUUAUUGGACCCACAAAUGCUUUUGGUCAGGCUGAAUUUUCUGACCAGCCUAUUCAAAAAUCAGCAGAGUUUGUUCGAAUAUCAGACGAAGACAAUUUAGAGGAUAUAAUGGCUUUGAUCAAGUAUCAGUGGAAAAUGAUGGAACCAGAAAAACCAAAUCUAUGCAUAUCUAUUAUUGGUGGAACAAAAGAGUUUUUCCUUCAAGGAUGUAAAAAAGAUGUUUUCUAUUCGGGUUUACUUCAAGCAGCUCAUAGUACUAAAGCCUGGAUUGUCACAUCUGGAUUAAAUUUUGGUGUUGUACGAAUCGUUGGUGAUGUUGUACAAGAUCAGAAUUUUUAUUUUGAUAAACAUGUAUCAUCUGGUUCUCUUCGUUGUCUUGGAAUUGCCCCAUGGGGUUAUGUAUUCAAUCGAGAAACGCUUAUUUCUGAGAAUCAUGAUAAACCAAUACAAUAUGAAGUGUCUGAUUUUGUUGCUUCAGGCCAUCCAGUUUCGUUGAAUAUCAAUCAUACACAUUAUAUAUUUGUAGACGAUGGUAUGCGUUCACGAUAUAGUGGGAGUAAAUCAGUUGAAUUUCGAGCCAAAUUAGAGAAACAAAUAGCUCUUCCAAUUGAAAGGGGUGGUUUUGGUAUACCUGUUGUACUUGUAGUUGUGGAUGGUGAUCAUGAUGUAAUCGUUGAUGUGAAAAACAGAAUAAUAGAAAAUGUACCUGUGCUUAUUUGCUCAGGUACUGGAAGAGUAGCUGAUGUUCUAGCCUUGGCCAUGGAUUAUCGUUCAAAAUAUGAUGAGUUUGAAGGUUUUUCAGAAAAAGAAACCGCAGAACUUCGACGGAAAUUACUUCAAGUCCCUGUUAGCAUACAUAAUAUUAAUCAAGCUAUAAGAAUGAUUGAAUGCAUAGUGAAAAAUGCAGAAUUGGUUACAAUUUUUGAUUUGAAUCAAUCAAGCGACUUUGACUUAGCCAUCUUGUAUGCACUGAUUAAGACAUCAUCCAACUUGGAGAAACAACUGGAAUUAGCUUUUACCUGGGAUCGAUGUGAUAUUGCUCAAGAGAAAAUAUUUCAACAAAGCAAAUCUAUUAGUCUUGAAACUCUUGAGCACUUCAUGUCGAAAGCAUUAAAACACAAUAAACUUGAUUUUGUCAAAAUUCUCCUACGAAAUGGUGUAACAAUGAAAACAUUUCUAACUGUUGGUCGACUUCGAGAGCUAUACAAUGAAUCAGAUCGUCGUGAUGGAUUGUUAAAGUGUUUGAGAAAAUAUAAUCUCUUCUCUGAUGAUUACGUUUCUGCCUACAAUGAUGGUGAUGAUACUAGUACAAGUGUCUCAGUAUUACCAGAUCAAACAACAAGCGUUUCAAUACCCAUGACUACGAGUUCAUCAAAGAGUCAGUUACGACUACCGAUCAUAAAUAAACUUUUGGAUCGAAUUUUGGGAAAUUUUGAAUCGAUGCUUUAUGAAUCUGAUAAUCAGACUUUGCAACAUAAAACAAAAAUUUGGUCUAAAGUUAAUAAUAAGAUGUUUCCUUCACCGUAUGAAGAAUUAUUCUUAUGGGCUAUACUUCAUCAACGUCAAGAAAUGGCGCUGUACUUUUGGGAACGUUGUGAAAAUCCCCUUAUUUUAGCACUGAUUGCUUGUUGCCUUUAUUCCAAUAUGAUAAAAGCUCUGCCAUACUAUGAUACAGAAUCGAAGGCAUUGUAUGAAUCUUAUAUAAUAGAAUUUGAAGAAAUAGCUGUUCGACUGUUAGAUCAAUGUUAUGAAACUAAUGAGAAACUCACACUAGAUUUACUCGAGCGAGAGACAUAUUUAUGGGGUCAUUUCAACUGUAUACGCUUAGCUGUUCAAUCUGUUCGACGCAAAUUCAUUGGUUCAAUUGCGUGUCAAAAUUCCCUGUUUUAUGCAUGGAAUCAUGGCUUAUGCUCCAAUAUAUUCAUUAUGUUCUGUGCUUUAAUAUGCCCACCUCUAUUAUUCUCUGAUCGUUUAUUACAAUGGAGAAAUAAAAUUUCAGUUGACGAUGCACCUCGAAGCAGUGAUAAAUCCACUGUCACCAAUCUUGGUAGUGAUAAUAAUAAUGGUACGAAUACAUAUAAGAAAAAUCGGCCUACACGUCAUGGUUCACCGACAGUGGUCGCUUGUGACAGGAUCAGAUGGAAAUUUCAUACGUUUUACACUGCUCCGAGAACCAAAUUCGCCUUCAACUCAAUAACUUAUAUUGUAUUCCUAUUACACUUUUCAUAUACACUGUUGUUCAAAACACUACCGGAUAGUAUUUCAGUUGCAGAGUUUAUUGUGAUUGGUUAUUUUGCCGCAAUGUUUAUAGAUGUGAUUAGACAGAUUGUUAAAUCAUACGAUGGGAGAUUCGAACAAUUUCAUUUACGAUGGAAUCAUUACUAUUGGAGUAAAUCUGAUCUACUCUUAGUUUGUUUAGCUACAGUUAGCGCAUUGUUACGUCUGGGCUUGAGUAAAACAUUCAUCUAUGCAAAAUCAUGCUAUGUGAUAACGUUGAUCGGUUGUUAUUUGAGAAUAUACACUUUAUAUUCACAUCAUCCUCGUCUUGGUCCUAAAUUAGUUAUGAUUCGUGGCAUGUUUGUUGAAUUACUCAUGUUCCUAUUCAUUAUGGUCGUUAUACUUAUUGGUUAUGGUGUAUCGCAACAAGUUCUACUUUAUCCAUAUCGUUCCAGUUUUGAUUGGGCAGCAGUACGUGAUAUAUUUGUCUAUCCUUAUUGGAAUUUAUUCGGUGAAAUUUCACUGGAAUAUGCUUUUGCUCAAAAAGAAGGCUGUUCAAAUGUUACUAUGAUUGGUGAAGAGUGUCCUGCAUUUAACAUUUUAAGUCCAUUAUUUUUAGCGGCUUAUUUAAUGACUGCUGCAAUACUUUUGAUGAAUUUACUGAUUGCAAUCUUUAGUAAUGUAUUUGAAAAAAUUGAAGAAAAUUCAAUUGAACUAUGGAAAUUUAAUAUAUUUUCUAUGGUGUUAGAGUAUAGUAACCGGUCGAUUCUUCCAGUGCCUUUCUCUGCUAUUACAGCCAUUAUUGAAUUUGUUCUGUACUGUCUUCGUGUUAAAAUAAUUGUGUCAAAAGUCAAACGCUUCUUCAACAGAAACUCUGGACAGUCAGUAGCUGCGAACAGAAAUGAGGACGCAACAAAUUUACUCAAAAAUAUUAAAAAAUCUGACACUGAGUAUUGUAAUACAUCCAGAUUACGGCCUGAUUAUUUGACAUUGUUUCCGAGAAAAUGUUUUAGUCACCAAGAAAGCAAGUACUACAAUGAAUGGCUCUAUGCUAAACAACUGGAGAAUUACUGUAAACGUUUUAUAUUGAAAAAGAAGGCCGAAUGAAAUGAGGAGUCAGUAAUCUUUUCAGGACUUUGCCAAUGAAUAUGCAUUGAAAUUAUUUAUCAGAACCUCUUCAACAGAAACUGACAAACUGCGUCAAUUACAAAUUCCAGAUUCACUCAUAGACAAAUUCCUUACUGCUUAAAUUUGUAAUAACUUUAUGCCCGAAUUCUUUUUUGAAUUAUUUUAUAUUGUGACAUUCUGUUAUUAUUAUUUAUCCUUGUG